GUCAAACUUCCCCGCCGGAAGCCGGCGGCCGCGCGGCCCGGCGGGGGGCAGGGCGCAAGGGCAGAGGCUGAGGUGGGGUUCCGGGCUCGCCUGGCUGAGGGGCGUGAGAAGGCCCGGAGGCGAACUCGACGAGCAGACCUGCGCCCCGGUGAAGAUCGACCCGGCUACAGCUGGCCGGGAGCCGGCUCUCUGUGAAGAUGGCAGGGCCGGAGCUGCUGCUCGACUCCAACAUCCGCCUCUGGGUGGUCCUGCCUAUCGUUAUCAUCACCUUCUUCGUGGGCAUGAUUCGCCACUACGUGUCCAUCCUGCUGCAGAGCGACAAGAAGCUCACCCAGGAACAAGUCUCCGACAGUCAAGUCCUAAUUCGAAGCAGAGUCCUCAGGGAAAAUGGAAAAUACAUUCCCAAACAGUCUUUCCUGACACGAAAAUAUUACUUCAACAACCCAGAGGAUGGAUUUUUCAAAAAAACUAAAAGGAAGGUUGUUCCUCCUUCUCCUAUGACUGAUCCCACUAUGCUCACAGACAUGAUGAAAGGCAAUGUCACAAAUGUCCUCCCUAUGAUUCUUAUUGGUGGAUGGAUCAACAUGACGUUUUCAGGCUUUGUCACAACCAAGGUCCCGUUUCCACUGACCCUCCGUUUUAAGCCUAUGCUACAGCAAGGAAUUGAACUACUCACAUUAGAUGCCUCCUGGGUGAGUUCUGCAUCCUGGUAUUUCCUCAAUGUCUUUGGGCUUCGGAGCAUUUACUCUCUGAUUUUGGGCCAAGAUAAUGCUGCUGACCAAUCACGGAUGAUGCAGGAACAGAUGACUGGAGCAGCCAUGGCCAUGCCUGCCGACACCAACAAAGCUUUUAAGACAGAGUGGGAAGCUUUGGAGCUGACGGAUCACCAGUGGGCACUAGAUGAUGUCGAAGAGGAGCUCAUGGCCAAAGACCUCCACUUCGAAGGCAUGUUCAAAAAGGAAUUACAGACCUCUAUUUUUUGAAGACCAAGCAGGGGUCAGCUGUGUCAGGAACUCGGAGUAGCGCUUAACCUUGUAACUUUUGUUUGAGCUGGAGCCUCUCGGAAUAAAAAGGGGGAUGCGUGAGCUGGCGGGUGUGCAGCAAGGAUUGUUCUUGUCUGAGCCGGGUUCCCCUUUAUGUUUGAAACCAGAAGAAACAUGAGGAGUGUGUGCUGGGUGACUUGCCCAGAAACAACGAGUUUUGAAAUGUUUAAAGUUUUCCUUCUGGUGACUCUAGUAAUAAAAGUAAGAGAGGGGGAGAAACUCAAGCUAGUGAUAAUAUAUAAAACUUAGCAAAAAUUCAGGAAUUUCAGAAAAAGUGUUGUCAAUUAAACCUAAUGAUUAUGUACAGUCACUCUGACUUCUAAACCAUAGUAAACGCCUGUUUUCUUGGGAUCCAAACACCCCGCGUUUUACCUUUAAUUUUUUGUUAGUAUUUUUAUAACUUUCCUUAUGCAAAUAAUACAUUUUCAUUACCGAAAAUUUAGGACCAAUGGAUGAAACUCUGUGUUGUUCAUUUUGCGCCUGCAGAAUGACAUGAAGAGCCAAUAUGUUAAAACUUUAUUCAAACAAACUCUUUUCAGAGUGAAUACCCAGGGCCAGGACAGACUUAGCAAACCUUCUCUCUGUCUUAAUACUGUCCAGUGAAAAUUGGUGACCCUGAGACACUGCCAGAUUCUCAAGUGCCUUUGGGAUCCUCAAAGACUUCAACAGUUAAGUAAUGCAAGGUCUUGAUCUGGAGUUCAGAAUAUAUCAAAUCCGUUGACAAAUCAGUGGUGCUGUACUGUAUAUGGCUACUCUGUUGAACGACAGACCCCAUGUCCAAGUUAUUCUGGGUGAGAGAGAGCUUACAUAUGGUUGUAAGAAGGGAGAGAGGAAGAAAAAUAAAAAA